CUGACUUGUUAGUCUAAAUGUUUGUAGUUGUUGCAUGUGUACUCUGUGUUUCUACCUCAACGACCUGCUUUAUGACUUGUCCGACUGAAGCACAGAUGGGGGAUUUAAGGCAGACCAUCGGUGUCAUGUCUCAGACGAUAUGCCCGAGUUCCCCGGCGGCGUCCGUGGAAGACCUGAAGACUCCAAAUGGCGGGCAGCGGGAGAAGAUGCAGAUGAGGAGGGAGAUUUCCCUCAUCAACGGGAUCUGCCUCAUAGUGGGCAACAUGAUAGGCUCCGGGAUCUUUGUCUCGCCCAAGGGGGUUCUGAUGUACAGCGGCUCCUUUGGGCUGUCCCUGCUGAUCUGGGCCCUUGGCGGCGUGUUCUCGGUGUUCGGAGCCCUUUGCUACGCCGAGCUCGGCACCACCAUCCCCAAAUCCGGAGCCAGCUACGCCUACAUCCUGGAGUCGUUCGGUGGCUUCCUGGCUUUCAUUCGUCUGUGGACGUCCAUCCUGCUGAUCGAGCCGGCCAGCCAGGCGGCGAUAUCGCUGACAUUCGCUUUCUACCUGGUGACCUGCCAGCCGAUAGAGAUCCUGUGCCUCUGUAUAUUGAUCUUCAUAAACUGUGCUUAUGUGAAGUGGGGGACUCUGGUCCAGGACAUCUUCACAUAUGCAAAGCUCAUGGCCCUCUUCCUCAUAAUCAUCGUUGGACUCAUGAAAAUAGUGUCGGGAGACGUAAAUAGCUUUGAGCGUCCGUUCGAGGGGUCCUCAACCGAUUCCGGAGCCAUAGCUUUGGCUCUCUACUCAGCUCUGUUCUCCUACUCAGGCUGGGACACACUCAACUUCGUCACGGAGGAAAUUAAGAAUCCUGAGAGGAAUCUCCCUCUGGCCAUCGCCGUCUCCAUGCCCAUUGUGACCAUCAUCUAUCUGUUGACCAACGCCGCAUACUAUGUAGUUCUAGACAUGCCGUCCCUGCUGGCCAGCGACGCUGUUGCUGUGACGUUUGGAAACGCAGUGCUCGGUUCGUUCAACUGGAUCAUCCCGAUAUCGGUGGCCAUGUCCUGCUACGGAGGACUCAACGCUUCCGUCAUUGCUGCUUCACGGCUGUUCUUUGUCGGGGCUAGAGAGGGCCACCUCCCGGACAGCCUGAGCCUGAUCCACCUGAACCGCUACACACCCGUACCGGCGCUGCUGUUCAACGGGCUCAUGGGUCUGAUUUUCCUGUGUGUGGAGGAUGUGUUCCAGCUCAUCAACUACUUCAGCUUCAGUUACUGGUUUUAUGUCGGUCUGUCUGUGGCCGGCCUCAUCUACCUGCGCAUCAAACAGCCAGAGAGACACAGACCAGUCAAGGUACGCCGUACUUGUUUGCAUCUUACUGAUCUUACUUACUUAAGUAUGAACGUUAAUCUUCUUACCUUGUACAAAGUGUUACUGCAAAUCCACAAAUAAUGGUUGGCAAUCGAUCCAACUGAUGGCUGCAAUCCAUCGUUGUCUACGAUGAAAUAAGUUUAGUUUGCAUUCUUGUCUGUUAGUAUAGCCGACACAAAUAUUUGUGUCGCACACAUGAAACCAACUAAAUAAAAGAGAUUUUAGACGUCUGUCUGUUUUUUGACAAGUUUUACAGGAGUUUGCGCGCACAUAGGUCUUUUUGUCAGAGUGGCCACUUUCCUUAAGAGUGUGACGUCACGUACAAGGGGAGAUGUGAGGCUAUUUGAUGCUAGGCAAAAAUUGUGCUAUCAACAUGACAACGAUCAAAGACAGUUUCAGAUAUUUAACAGAAUGAAAGAGAAGUUGCAGUGGUUCGGCCAAAGGAUCAGGAAUCCUCCACAGUGAUGUGAGAGGUUGACAAAGUUCUACAGGAAACAA